AUGGACCAAUAUACGACCCCAGUCUUAGAAUUACAGCGUCCAAGAUAUUACGAUGACGGCGACGGAGUAGCUGUUCAACUCUCUACGACACCUGCCCCCUCCUACCUCGAACUCAUCAACAAGAUACGUGUCAGUUUACAUAUGUCGCAGGUUCGAGGUCAUGUGAAAGAAUCUGGAGAGGGAGAGAUCUUUGUUUCGACGAUGAUGGAGUUGAGGACGACAGCUGACAGCCGGCCUCCUGUUUCGAAAGUCUUGCCCGAGCUUCUUACUUUGCUGGGCCCAGGGAAGGGGCCACAGGGAAACAAUGUCCUAGUGCUUUCAGCUGUUAGAGUCAAGAGAGUGGCAAUGGAGAGGAUGAGCGUAG